CUCAGAUGUCGACAUAGUAGGAGACAGCUGCACCGGGCAGCAUACUGCGACCAUGGCGGAGGACAAUUCGACACAGCAGCCGGCGCAGGGAGCCGACAAGGCCCAGGCACCGGCGACUUUUAGUUCCUUCAUCAACAAGAACACCUCGGGCAAGAAGUUUGCUCCCAAAGCCGCACGGCGACGGCCAGGUGCAACAGCCGCGUCUGCACCGAAAGCCCCUGCAGCCGAACCUACACCGUCUACCGCCGAACCUCGAGCCUCCCAACUCGAGCCUGAAUCGUCGAGUGCCCCCGCCGCCGAACCCACAGUCACUGCACCACUGCCUACGCCUGCACCCACACAGGAACCUACCACCCAGACAGCUGCAAUCCAGGCUACGCCAGCGGCAACUGAGCCCUCCAGUACUGCAGCUGUCAUCGUACCAGAAGCACUCUCUGCAACAGUCGCGCCUGAACCUACGCCCACACCCACACCAGCAGUCGAACAGUCGCAGUCCACGCCAGAGACCCAAGAGACCCAAGAGACCCAAGAGCCCCAGGAGUCCCAGGACGCCCCACAGCUACCGACGAAGCAAGUGGAAGUGUCACAGCCUGUCGAGGAUGACGUCGAAGGCCGAAGAUCAGCCAAGAGGAGGCGGAUCGAGUCACCGUCACGGCAGAGCACACCAAUGGUACCAGUCGCUGUCAUGGUCCCGCCGCAGGAUGCACGGACUGGCGAGAUUAUAUCACAGCAACCCACCUCACAGGCUGAGGGGACUUCUGCUUCCACCGUCGACGUUGGAGAACCUGGUGCGAGCACUGGUGCCACACCACCUACCGAGGCCGAUGCACCUGCUCAACAGAGAAGGAGGAGAAGGACGCUUCCAUGGACGGCUGUCAACCACCCACAAGAGGAGGGCGGAGAGGCCACUGAAGCUGUCGAGCCACCUGCGAAGAAGAAGCGUGCGCCACCCAAACCUCGAGGGAAGAAGAAGGCUACUGGGGCGGCGGGAGAAGAUGGAGAGCAUCAGGAGAACGGUGACGAGCAAGAGGCAGAGCCCACACAAAAGAGACCCAGCGCCAGAACAGGAGGGAGACGAAGCACAGAUGCAGCAGAAGUGGGUGAGGAUGGCGAACCAGUAGAUCCCCCAGCAAAGAAGCCACGAAAGCCUAGAAAAGACAAGGGGGAGCAACGGACCGAAGAAGGAGUGACGGUCGAUGGCGAGACUGGUCAGGAAGGCGAUGUGACUGCCAAGCCAAAACGUAAGCCACGCGCACCGAAGAGGAAGAAGUCAACUCCAGCUGAAGGCGAGGAUGGCUCGGUGGAACCCAAGCGUCGAGGGCGGCCACCCCGCGAAGACACUCCCUCCGACGCUGAAGACCAGACCAUCGACCCAGACACAAUGUGCAUGGACGAUCUCGCCUCGCGCAACAUCCGCGUCGGCAAGCUCUCUCGUCGCGAGAAAGAAAUGCGCAAAAUCGACUGGGAUGCCGUCAAACAGCGCCGCCGCGAAGAAGACGCUCGCCACAUUUCCACCAAGGAAACCCAGGCCGCCGUCGACAAGCUCCUCGAAACCGGCGAGGUGGAACAAGUAUCCGCAGGCCCGCGCUACCACGUUGUCGACGGCCGCAUCGAGCUGAUCCAAGACUCCGGCACCAUCGACCGCGAGCGCGACGCAGACCGGGUGAUCGAAAUGAUGACGAUUACCGAGGAAGACGAUCUCACGACACGAAUCACGAGUCGCAGCUUCAUGAAGAACAACAAACGCUUCCCCAACGAGUUCGUCCUGCCCGGCCAGGGCAAGCGAUGGAACCAUCAAUCGACAGAGAUGUUCUACCAAGGCCUCCGCAGCUUCGGCACCGACUUCCAAAUGAUCGCACACAUGUUCCCCGGCAUGACGCGGCGAUCCAUCAAAACCAAAUUCACGCGCGAGGAGCGCGAGAACCCGGAAAUCGUGCGCGACUGUCUGCGCGGCAAGUCCGAAUUAGCAUCGCACUGGGACCAUUUCCUCGCUGCGAGUCAGCUUGAGGAAGAGUCUUUCGCAGACGCAGAUGCGAUUAAGAAGGAUUUGGAAGAGGAGGAGGCCAGGAUGAGAGAGCAGAUUAAUGAGGCGCUGAAGGAGAAGGAGGAGCGCGAGAAGCAGAGGAGGCUUGCGGGCGUGACUGGAGAUGGGGAGGGUGCUGCUGAGAAGGAGAACGGCAAGGGGAAGAAGAAGAGGAAGCAGAAGGACAAGACGGUCACGUUCCAGGAGGAAGGGGUUGAAAUCCUGGGUGACGUUGACGAUGACCCGAAUUGGGGCCAGGAAUGAGGACACAGAUGAUAAGAUACCCAUAUAUUCAUACGAAACAAC